AUGGGCAUUGUAGAAAAGAUAAAAGAGAUUGAAGAGGAGAUGGCGAGGACUCAGAAAAAUAAAGCCACAGAGUACCAUCUCGGUCUACUCAAGGCGAAGCUUGCGCGAUACCGUACACAACUCCUUGAGCCAACAUCGAAGUCAGGACCCGCGGGCACAGGAUUUGACGUGCAAAAAUCUGGAGAUGCGAGAGUAGCUUUAAUCGGCUUCCCUUCAGUCGGAAAGUCUACAUUAUUGAGUAAAGUCACACAUACAGCCUCAGAAGCUGCUGCUUAUGAGUUCACGACACUCACGGCUAUCCCUGGGGUCAUCGAAUACAAAGGAGCCCGGAUACAGCUUUUGGAUUUGCCUGGAAUCGUUGAAGGCGCCAGUCAAGGUCGUGGCCGAGGGCGUCAAGUCGUGUCGACUGCGAAGACAGCAGAUGUGAUUUUGAUAAUGCUCGACGCCACGAAAUCCGACGAACAAAGGAGGCUACUGGAAUAUGAGCUCGAUGCCGUUGGCAUCCGGCUGAACAAGAGCAAGCCGGAUGUCGUGUUCAAGAAACGAACAACCGGAGGGAUUACAUUCAACACCACUGUAAAAUUGACGAAGACGGAUGAAAAAACCAUUCGGACCAUCCUAGCGGGAUAUAAACUUCACAAUUGCGAUAUCUUGAUUCGAGAAGACAUUACCACGGAUGAAUUCAUCGACGUCCUUAUUGGAACCAGAAAAUACAUGCCGUGUUUAUACGUGUACAACAAGGUCGACGCUAUCAGCUUAGAACAGGUUGAUAAAAUUGCACGCCAGCCACACAGCUUGGUGAUCAGCUGCGAAAUGGACCUGAACUUAGACUACUUGAUUGACCGGAUAUGGGAGGAACUUCGGCUCGUGAAGAUCUACACCAAGAAACGAGGUGUUCAUCCAGAUUUAGAUGAUCCAGUAUGUCUGCGUAAAGGUGCUACUAUUGAGGAUGUCUGCAAUGGAAUUCAUCGAUCCCUCGCCGAUAAUUUCAAAUACGGACUUGGUCAGUUGCAAUUAACAACUUUCAAAGACUCCUCUUAA